AAACAAUUUUUCAUCGCCGCCUCUACCCUUUGCAAACGAACACCAACCAAUUAAUACACCAAUCCUAUUUCCCACGAAGCAGAACUGAUUAAAACAGAUGGCUGUCAGAGCUCAGUUUGAAAAUUCUAAUGAAGUUGGCGUUUUUGCGACAUUGACGAACUCAUAUGCACUUGUCGCCACUGGCGGUUCCAUGAACUUUUACAGUGUUUUUGAAGCCGAACUCGCAGAUGUCAUUCCCAUUUGCCAUACCACGAUCGCCGGUACUAGAAUUGUUGGAAGGUUGACCGCUGGGAAUCGGAACGGGUUGUUACUUCCAACAUCGACAACAGACCAGGAAUUACAACACCUAAGAAAUUCAAUUCCAGAAACUGUCAAAGUACAAAGAAUUGAGGAGCGGUUAUCGGCACUUGGUAACGUAAUUUGUGCUAACGAUCAUGUUGCUUUGGUUCAUCCUGAUAUAGAACGUGAGACGGAGGAGAUUGUUGCAGAUGUUUUAGGAGUUGAGGUCUUCAGGCAAACCAUCUCUGAGAAUGUCCUUGUAGGGUCCUACUGCUCGCUUUCAAAUCAAGGCGGAAUCGUACACCCGAAGACGUCAAUACAGGAUCAGGACGAGCUUUCUUCGCUUCUGCAGGUACCACUUGUUGCCGGCAGUGUUAAUCGUGGAUCGCCAGUAGUGGGUGCUGGCAUGGUUGUUAACGAUUGGAUGGCUGUCACUGGUCUUGAUACAACUGCCACGGAGCUUUCAGUCGUAGAGAGUGUAUUCAAGUUAGGAGAGGGAAUGGGCCCGAGCAAUCUCGCGGGAGGGUUGAGAGAUUCUCUGGUAGAGACAUGGUACUAA